AUUUUGUUAUUGUAACUGUUGACGACAGUGAUGAUAACAAUGAGUGCAGUAUUGAGAUGGUGGAAGAUUCUGAAACAGCAGAUAAUUCCACUGAUGACAUAGCAAAUUAUUCCACUUAUGACACAGCAGAUAAUCCCACUGAUGACACAGCCACACAACCAAAUUUUCCAGGCGGCAGUGAUGACCAUCACCGUCCACUCCAAAUGUCAUAUGGGUAUCACUCUGUCACCCAGGCUGGAGUGCAGUGGCACGAUCACAGCUUACUGCAGCUUCAACCUCUUGGGCUCAAGCAAUUCUCCCACCUCAGCCUUCCCAGUAGCUGGGAUGACAGGUGCAUGCCACCAUGCCCAGUAGCCCAUGGUGACCAAACCAUUUCACAGAUCAAAUGCCCAGUACAUUUAAAAAGAUACAGUUACAACUCAGAGGAAGUGGAUUUGCCAAAAAGAGGAAGAUUAUCUACUCCAGAGGUACAGUCUAGCACACCACCACCAGCAGAAAGGCAGGAAACCCAUGCCUGGGCCAGCCCUGCUGUAGCAUCUCUUGAGUCAGCAGCAUGUCCUGAACUGCAGGAAGGAGACCUCAGUGAGAGUUCAUCAUAUCCCAGAAUUGUCUCCUCACGUUCAUUACAGCCGUAUGUCACACAAGGUGGCUCAUUUCCUUGUUUCGGUAUGCCAUGUAACUUUAUCAGUGGAGGUGCUGAAAGUACCCAUGCUGUCAUCUCAUUUGCCGAUGCUACUACAGCAGUACCUAUGGCAGGUCUGUCACAAGGAGAACCCAAUCUGGCAAAUAACCCUGGUGUGGUGAAUUACUCUGCUCUACUGGAAAAUGAAGAUGUGGGCCCAGGUAGAGCCUUGUCAUCUUUCUGCAUCCAUCCCAAUUUGGAAAUGCCAGAAAGACCAGCAAACAGCAGUAAAAACAGCACUGAGACAGUGAAUUACCCAACUUUAAUGGGAAAUUACAGUGGCCAAAAUACUGCCUCUUUAUCUGUCUUCAUCCCUCCCUAUUUUGAACAGGAACUAAAAUAA